AUGACCCACCCCUCCGCGACCUCGGACUGGGAAGUGCUCGAGGACAAGUACUACCGGAAGAUCCUAUUAUACUCCUCUUUGUUCCCAUCAUUGGACCUUUCGCACUACCUCGUCGCCGGCGCGCCCUUCAGCGGUGCGAUCGCUUUGUGGAAGAACCCGGAGGCGCUAUCUGAGUUUCGCGGCGGGAGUGCUGCGGCCGCGGCGGCAGCAAAGCCGAGCAUUGACGUGUACUCGUGCGCCGGAAAACUGCUCAGGAAGAUCGCGUAUGAUAGGGGCCCUAUUAGGGGCCUGGGCUGGAGUGAGGAUGAGAAAUUGCUCGUUGUCGCAGAGGAUGGCAACGUGAGGUGCUAUGCCGAUCUCCAAGGGGAGUUUACCCAGUUUUCGCUGGGGCAUGGCGCGGAGCUGGUGCGCGUGAAAGAGGUGCGGUUCUGGGCUACAGGAUUUGUCGCGCUGCUGCGAACGAACCGGCUUGUGGCCGUAUCGCGGUACGACGAGCCGCGACCACGGAUGCUCGCGGACUCGUCGGGGUUCAUUUCGGACGACAUGAUCCACUCGUGGGCGCUGAUUCCGCCGGCGUACACGCUGUCGCGGCACGUCGAGGUGCUGCUGUCGACCGGCCAGACGAUCCUGGUGGUGGACCCUACCGAUGCACAGGAUCAGGACCUCCAGAACGGCCCGUUCAUGCAUAUCUCGGUCAGCCCGAAUGGGAAGUAUGUCGCCCUGUAUACCACCGAGGGACGCCUGUGGGUCAUCCGUGCGGAUUUUCAGGAGAAGCUCUCGGAGUAUGAUAGUGGCAUGGGAAGUGUGAUGCUGCCGAGGAGUGUGGAGUGGUGCGGCAACGAUAGUGUGGUUAUUGCGUGGGAUGACGAGGUGCACAUGGUCGGGCCGAAGGGCGAGGCGCUGAAGUACUACUACGAUGGCAAGGUCCAUCUCAUUCCGGAUAUAGACGGGGUGAGGCUUCUUACUGCCGAGAAGUGCGAGUUCCUACAGAAGGUGCCGGAUGUUACCGAGGAGAUAUUCAAGAUCGGCGCCACUUCGCCGGCAUCGAUACUGCUGGAUGCGGUCGACCAGCUGGAAAAGAAGUCGCCCAAAGCGGACGACAAUAUCAUGCUGAUCCGGCAAAACAUCGAGGAGGCAGUCGACGCUUGUAUCAAGGCCGCUGGCAACGAGUUCUCGGCGUACUGGCAGAAACAGCUGUUGAAGGCAGCGUCGUUUGGCAAAAGCGUGCCUGCGCUGUAUUCUAGUGAUGAUUUUGUCGACAUGUGCGAGACACUCCGGGUCUUGAACGCGGUCAGGUUCUUUGAAGUCGGCAUACCGAUCACCUACGAACAGUUUCUUCGACUCACGCCCGAAAAGCUGAUAUUGCGGCUGGUGAAUCGGCAGCAGCACCUGUUGGCUUUGCGGAUAUCAGAGCAUCUCAGGCUUCCAACGGAUCGAAUCUACAUCCAUUGGGCAUGCACGAAGGUCCGGAUGUCAUCCGACGACGAAGACAGCAUCUGCCGCAUGGUCGUCUCCAAACUGACCGGUAAGCGCGGCAUCUCUUUCGAAGAGAUCGCACGAACAGCGUACGACGAAGGCCGCGGCCGGCUCGCCACGCAGCUCCUCAACUACGAGCCACAAGCCGGCCGCCAAGUCCCGUUGCUGUUGAGCAUGGAAGAAGACGAGAUCGCGCUCGACAAAGCGAUCGAAUCGGGCGACACCGACCUCGUCUUCUUCGUCCUUCUGCACCUCAAGAAGAAGCACCCGCUGGCAAACUUCUUCCGGAUCAUCAACGACCGACCGUUUGCGGCUGCGCUCGUGGAGUCUUCGGCGAGAGAGACGGAUCUCGAGAUGUUGAAGGACUUUUACUAUCAAGACGACCGUCGCGCCGACGGAGCACACGUCAUCCUCCGCGAAAGUCUCGAGGCGAAAGAUCUCCAGCUGAAACAAGAGAAGCUCAAGGUGGCACAGAAGCUUCUGUUGGAUAGCAAAGACCACGCGCUCGAAUCUAAAGCGCUCGAAGAAUCUGCCCGGCUCCUGCAGUUGCAAGAAGCCUUCGAGCGCGACACGCAAGAGCGGUUCAUGGGCUGCUCGCUCAACGAGACAAUGUUCCGGCUGAUCCGCACCGGCUACUCGUCCAAAGCGGCCAAGCUAAAGAACGACUUCAAGGUGCCCGAGAAGCGGUACUGGUGGCUGCGGCUGCGCGCGCUCGUCGCGAGGAGAGAGUGGAACGAGAUCGAGGAGUGGGGGAAAACGAAAAAGAGCCCGAUCGGCUGGGAGCCGUUCUUCAACGAGUGUCUGUCCGCCGGGAAUACCCGUGUGGCCGCGGUCUUUGUCGCGAAGUGCACCGCGCUGACCUGGCAGGAACGGCUGGAUAUGUACUUGCGCUGCGGCCUUAUCAUGCGUGCGGCAGAGGAGGCGAAUAGGGCGAAGGAUGUGGCGGCGCUCGAGGGAUUGAGGGCCAAGGCGGUCGGAAGGGAUAUGGUCGAGAUUGAGAGGCUGAUUAAUAUUAUGAAGGGCGGGAAGUGA